GCGAUGCAUUGUGGGGGGAGUUAAAGGGUGUUUCGUGUGACAUUGAAGAGAAGUGGUCUUUAUAUUUGGUCUGCGAGGCGGGACGAGGCAAUACAGGCUACUUCUGGAAGGAUGGGUGCCACAGCUUCAAGUUCUACAGUUCAGCCAUCAACUGCAGCACAGCAUGCCACAACCCCGCCACCUGGGUGCCCAAUGCAUCAAGACAGUCAACCAGCUUCCCCACCACCAGGAUGCCCAAUGCACCAAACUGCUGGGUCAACCCCAGCAGAGCAGAAUGGGGGUCCCCCAGUCCCAGCACACCAGGAGAGAGCCUAUGAGUUUGUGGAAUGCCCAAUGAAGGCAGCGGCUGGAGGAGACAAAAUGCCUCAUGACAUCGACCCAGCAAACAUGAUGCCCCCUCCAAACCAGACACCAGCCCAGGACCAGCCUUUCCCCCUGCCUAUAAAGAGAGAAGUGUCCAGUAUUCCCAGGACUGGUUCAGACAAACAGUGGGUCUACCCUUCUGAACAGAUGUUUUGGAAUGCAAUGCUGAAAAAGGGGUGGCGCUGGAAAGAGGAUGAUCUUGGUCCUCAAGACAUGAGCAACAUUAUCAAGAUUCAUAACCAGAACAAUGAACAGGCUUGGCAGGAAAUAUUAAAAUGGGAAGCCCUUCAUGCUAAGGAAUGCCCAUGCGGACCAUCUCUGGCUCGGUUUGGAGGCAAAGCUAAAGAAUUGUCACCAAGAGCCAAAAUGCGCUCUUGGAUGGGGUAUGAACUGCCUUUUGACAGGCAUGACUGGAUUGUUAACCGCUGUGGAAAAGAAGUGCGAUAUGUGAUUGAUUACUAUGAUGGAGGAGAAGUUGAUAAGCAGACCUAUCAAUUUACUAUCCUUGAUGUCCGCCCAGCUCUGGACUCCCUUGGGUCUGUUUGGGAUAGAAUGAAAGUGGCUUGGUGGCGCUGGACUUCAUAAUUCUUCACUACGUAUUAUAGAUAACAUUCAUAUCCUGGACAGAAAAAAAAACUAUUUAUAAUACAAGUACUGUAAUUGGCCUUUCCUUCCAUUAUGUAUUGUUUAAAAAAAACAUGAAACAUGAAAAAAAGAACAUAUCUAAACAUGAAAAAAGAACAUAUUAUGUUCCGAUUCUGAACUUUCUCUUUUAAAGGGUUUCUUAAUGCAGACUUUUUGGCUUGAUAUUUGCAUAUCUGUUUGUCCACUCAGCAGUGUAAGGGCUCAAUAAAAGUAGGGUUCUGAUCAUUCUGAUUGGACUUUGAGAUCAUAGCCUCUUCUGUUACAGAAUUUGCCCACCUGUGGUUGUGUUUGCCAAGUUAAACUCUCAAUCAAGAAAUCAUUAACAAUGUGUCAACAUGGUUGAUGGCUCUGGGAAAAUGUAGUUGGGCAAGACAUCCACAACCUCUUGUCCAGCCUCUGACAUUUGAUGAUUGUUGUAUUUAUUAAAUAUUUUAAAUGUAGAUUUCACUGCUUACCGUCACAAUUAAACUUUAAACUAAGGGCUAACUUUUUUUUUCCCCUGAAAAGUGUUUUGAAAAAAUGUGGUUUAGUUAUUUAAACUUUUUAAAAUGACUUUUUUUUUGUCUUGUUGAUUGUGUUUUUUUUUUUUUUUUUUUUUUUUUUUAAACUAUGUCUGCCAUUUAUUAAUUUCUGUUUGUCCAGUAAACCAGCAUUUUGUACUGAACAAACAUACCAGAUACAGUUACUAAUAAAAACCUGCUUAUAAAUAAAAAUCAACUCUAAUGUUUUCAGUGUUUGGGGUUGGAAUGUGUUCAUGGCAAAAAACUUAAUAAAAUAU